GCUGCACUUUGCUAUGUACAAAUAAAGAACAUUAGGGGGUGAAGGUCUUAAACACGGACAGUCUGGCAGUCCAUACAGGUUGAAUGAUAUAAACAUAAAAGUUAUUUUUUGUUUUCAAAUCGAAUGUUCCUGAGACGGUGCAGGAGCAGCUGCAUCUUGCAAGAUCAUGUGUGAAACCAAAGAGCUGUGCAGGACGCAGCGGUGUGGAGAUGAUGAUCAUGCUGCAGCCACAGCUUCCUGUGAGGGGUGUAUAAAGGCUGGUCGGGUCCGGCUCAUCUUCUCAUCAGCCCCCCUGCAGACCUGCCGUCCCCCCAGAGCAUCACUGCAGCCCCAGCCUGAAGAGCGACAUGAAGCCCCUGACCCUCCUGCUGGGCUUCACGGCUCUCCUGCACUCUCUCACAGGCGCCGCAUCAGUGGACUCCAGGAUUAUAAAUGGACACGAGGUGACGCCCCAUUCAAAGCCGUACAUGGCCUCGUUGCAAAUAAAGGGAAGCCAUAUUUGCGGAGGGUUUCUCGUGGGGAAAUCCUUUGUGAUGACGGCGGCUCACUGUUUUACCAGGGGCGUGGAAAUGACUGUGGUUCUGGGGGCUCAUGACAUCAUUAAUAGGACUGAGAGAACACAGAGGAUUGCUGUGAGAUUUUAUCACCUAUACCCUGGAUAUGAGAACAAGACUCUGCAGAAUGACAUCAUGCUACUGCAGCUUCAAAAAGAGGCUCAACUGGGCAGCAGGAUACAGUGCAUUCCACUUCCAAAGAAGGAUAAAGAUGUGAAACCAAAUACAGAGUGCAUUGUAGCUGGAUGGGGCGCGACCACAACAGGGGGGGAGGCAAGCUCCAGACUCCGAGCGGUCAAUGUCACCGUGGUAGACAGGAAAGUUUGCAAAACUGCAUGGAGGGGCUGGAUAACACCAAGGAUGAUGUGUGCUGGAGGAAACGUUGGCAAACGAGGCUUUUGUCAGGGGGACUCAGGGGGCCCUCUGGUGUGCAACAGCAAGAAACCUACAGCUGAAGGAAUCGUUUCAUUCAAUGAGUUGAAAGCCUGUGACAACCCACAAACACCAAACGUCUACACACAGGUGUCCAAGUACCUGCCCUGGAUCAAGUGUAUAAUGGGAAGCACACCCCCCUGCAGACCUGCCGUCCCCCCAGAGCAUCACUGCAGCCCCAGCCUGAAGAGCGACAUGAAGCCCCUGACCCUCCUGCUGGGCUUCACGGCUCUCCUGCACUCUCUCACCGGCGCCGCAUCUUUCGAUUCAGGGAUCAUCAAUGGAAAAAAGGCUCAGGGUAAUUCUCUGAGUUACAUGGCAUCUAUACAGAUGAAUGGAAAGCACAAAUGUGGAGGAUUUCUGGUCAAAAACAACUUUGUGAUGACUGCAGCCCACUGUAACGUCAGUGGCAAGGGUCUUACUGUUGUUCUGGGUUCCCAUAACCUCAAUGAGGUUCAGGAUUCUCAGAGGUUCUCUGUGGCGUCCAUCACCAGACACAACAAGUACAGUAGGAAAUCUCUUCAAAACGACAUCAUGCUCCUUCAGCUUAAAACCCCGGUUAAACUGAAUAAAAAGAUGAAACUGGCCACGCUCCCAAAAAAAGAGAAGUUGCUUAAGAAAGGAACCAAAUGCAUAGUAGCAGGAUGGGGUGCGACCAAAACUGAGAAACCGUCAACCACCAACCUCCAGGUCGUCGAUGUGACCGUAGUGGACAAAGAAGAGUGCAAAAAUAUCUGGAAUAAAUUCGAAAAAGAAAUAACGGCCAAUAUGAUCUGUGCUGGGGGCUAUAAUACAGACAAUGGCGCCUGUCAGGGGGAUUCCGGUGGUCCUUUGAUGUGCAAUGGCGUGGCAACAGGAAUCGUUUCAUUUAAUCGUCAUGGAAACUGUCUCUAUCCAGAUGUUCCAAAUGUUUACACAAGCGUUUCCAGCUACCUGCCCUGGAUCAAGAAGAUUUUGAAAAAAGCAAACUGAAGUUCUCUAGUGCGUGCAUGAGCACAACUUUUGGCUUGAGCAAGUUCAGCAAAUUAAAAUGCAUCUUUGAGUAAUUAGAUUUGUUUUUAUUAUUUUAUAGCUGCUUCGAAUCAGCCAACAAUGUGGUUUGCUUUUGUUCUGUAUGUAGCUUAA